GAGAUUACAAAAUAAAAAAAAUCAUAUGAGACCGUUGGUCUCUGUCCUUCCCUCUUUCUCAGCCUCUCGUUCCUCAUCUAACUGUAGAAGAGCACCGCCGAUGCUCCUCCGCCGGUGACUUUCUCUUCCCUUUAAUUCCCGAUUAAAACAAUGAGCAGUCAGUUAGUUUCUUCCGUAUUCUCCGGAAUACAUCGCAUACCUAACCGUCACGAGACUCAUUCUCUCCUUCGCUCAAUUCUCUUCAUCCACGGGAACAAACCGGCCUGUAUUGAUCGUCGACGGCCGAUUCUGCAUUCAUCCUAUGGAUAUCUGAACCUGACCAGAUACAGAGUCGGCGCCGCGGCUGAUGUUUCGAAAACGCCUUCGUCGUCUCUUCUCGACGACGAGCUUGUGAGCAGUGUAUCCGCCGUUAGGGAUGCGGACGAAGCGCUCGAGGUGAUUAGCGAUCGGUUCGGAACGAAUCGCGGCGGAAUAGUUGAAAUCGAAGAUUGCCGCUCGAUAAUCUCGGCUGCUGUGAGUCGCGGUAAUGUCGAGCUUGCGUUGUCUAUUUUCUACGCCAUGCGAGCAAGUUUCGAUUUAGGUGGGAGUGAAGUUGAUCGAUGGAGAUGGUCAAGGCCUGAUGUAGAGGUCUACACGAUGUUGGUCAAUGGACUUGCUGCUUCCUUGAGGGUUUCUGAUUCUCUAAAGAUCAUUAGAGAUAUUUGCCGCGUUGGAAUCUCCCCUGCUGAGGAGGUUCCCUUUGGUAAAGUUGUGAGAUGUCCAAGCUGUUUGAUUGCCAUUGCUGUUGCACAACCCCAGCAUGGAGUUCAGAUUGUCUCCUGUGCUAAAUGCCGAUACCAAUACGAGCUUUUCUCUGGUGACAUUACCAGCAUAGAAUCAGAAGAGCUCGGCAAAGACAUUCCUCUGUGGGAAAAGGGGCUCAGACUCAUCCAGAUAAGGAAGAACAAAAUCACAUCUUCUGUGCACUCUAUCGUGGUACAAACUCCUUCAGGUACAGCACGAACGCACAGGUUUGCCACUGAGACAGCCGAACUCCCUGCGCAAGAAGGAGAAAGAGUGACAAUUGCAUCUGCUGCUCCAUCAGAUGUUUACAGACAAGUGGGACCUUUCAAGUUUACCCCCAAAUCUCCAAACCUUUACCCUGGAGAACCCAUGAGCCUCACAAACCACAAGGACGGGCGAGAAUCGCUUUUGCUAAGACCUCCCAGUAAAGAAGGAGAUAAAUCCUUGCAGCCUGCGUUUCUUAUUCCUCUUCUUGCUGUUUUGGCUACCGGAGAUGCUGCUUCUGGGAUGAUUGAUCCCAGUUUGCCUCAGUUACUCUCAGUUGCUGCUGUUACGUCACUGGCAGUAGGAGCAACCGUUAAUUCUUUUGUCCUUCCUCAGCUAAAUCAGCUCCCUGAAAGGACAGUGGAUGUGGUCGGUAUCAAGCAGCAACUUUUAUCUCAAUAUGAUGUGCUUCAGCGUCGCAUUGGAGAUCUAAAAGAAGCAACUGAGAAAGAGGUGUGGAUGUUGGCUCGAAUGUGCCAGCUAGAAAACAAAAUAUUAGCAGUGGGAGAGCCAGCGUACCGAACUCGAAGAGCAAGAGUAAAGAAGGUACGAGAAAGUCUGGAAAACUCCAUAAAGGGAAGGAUUGAGCUGAUCGAUAGCUAUGCUAGAAUAUCAUCAAUGAUUGAGAUUGAGGUGGAAAUGGACAGUGAUGUUCUUGCAGCGGAGGCGGUGAACAAUACUGAAAACAUUGCUCAACAGAUAGAGCAGAUCAUGGAACUCGAAAACCUUGAAGAGAAAUGGAAAUUACAGGCGGAGGCAAACGAUGAAGCAGAAAGACUUCUCAGCUCUUAACCUUAAAACCUCUAUGUAUCAAUAAGCAAAACGGGUCAAAACUUCUGGAGCAUCGCUAAAAGUUAAAAAGUUUCUUGUGUCGGUCGCUACAAGUUAAUUUCUCUUUGCUAAUUAUAGAUGUGUUAUGUAAUAAAUAUACUGUAUAGUUUAAUAAUCACCGAAUUAUUUUUUUUCCCUUGUGCUCUUUUUUUUAUGUUUAUGUUUAUGCAAA